CCACCCACUUAAAAUUAAAAAAACUAGUGUCACACGUGGAUUAAGUCGUCAAAUUUUGUUGUGUAAAAAAACAGAUCCGCAAUGUCAGAUUUUGAGCCCUUAGAACCCUCAUUAAAAAAUGUAAUAGACCAGACAACUCUUAAAUGGAUUUUUGUCGGUGGAAAAGGCGGUGUGGGUAAAACAACUUGUAGUUGUAGCUUAGCGGUACAGCUUUCAAAAGUCCGCGAGUCUGUUUUAAUCAUAUCAACUGACCCAGCCCACAAUAUAUCAGACGCCUUUGACCAAAAGUUUACAAAAGUACCAACUCUUGUGAAAGGCUUUAACAAUUUGUAUGCUAUGGAAAUUGACCCCAAUGUGGGUUUUAACGAGCUUCCUGACGAAUAUUUUGAUGGGGAACCAGAAGCAAUGAGAAUGAGUAAAGGCAUCAUCCAGGAAAUAAUAGGAGCCUUCCCUGGCAUAGAUGAAGCCAUGAGCUAUGCAGAAGUCAUGAAAUUAAUCAAAAGCAUGAAUUUCUCAACUGUGGUAUUUGACACAGCACCCACAGGUCACACAUUAAGACUCCUGUCGUUCCCACAAGUUGUUGAGAAAGGUUUAGGGAAAUUACUGAGAUUAAAACUGAAAAUUUCACCUCUAGUCUCACAAAUCAGUGGUCUUUUGGGCAUACAAGACUUCAACGCUGAUACUCUUUCUUCAAAAAUGGAAGAAAUGCUUUCAGUAAUAAAGCAAGUCAACGAACAGUUUAAAAAUCCAGACCAAACGACUUUUGUUUGCGUUUGCAUAGCUGAAUUUUUAUCGCUUUAUGAAACUGAACGACUUGUUCAGGAAUUGACUAAAUGCAAAAUUGAUACUCAUAACAUUAUUGUCAAUCAGUUGCUCUUCAGAAAACCCGACGAAAAUCCAUGUAAAAUGUGUUUGGCAAGAUUUAAAAUCCAGGAGAAAUAUCUUGACCAGAUUAAUGACCUGUAUGAGGACUUCCACGUCACGAAGUUACCAUUAUUAGAAAAAGAAGUCAGGGGUGGUGAUAAUGUUAAAGCUUUUUCUGAGUAUUUAAUACACCCAUACACUCUUAAUUAACUUAUUUAAUGAUCUGUUUAUGUUAAAUUGGUUUAUUAUGGUUUUUUAGGUGAUAAAUAUAGGUCAUACAAACAAAAACAUUUUUAUUAAAUUCGGAGAAUUCAAAGAUUCCUAUUGUUAUCCCUCAUAUUCGGCCAAUCAGAUAAGCGAUUUUCCUUGAAAUAUUUUUCCCGAGUAAGAGACUUCAUGCCCAAGAUUUCAGUUGCACCAUAAAUACCUCCUCCCAACCACGCAGUGUAGUUUUCCUUACAAGGUGGAUUAUGAAACUUAACCGUUGUAAUUCUCAAUUUAUUAUAUCUGUCGUAUUUCAACUGUUUAUGUAACUCUUCUUUCAAUCUUGCCUUAAAUCCAGGAGCCAUUACAGUACCCCCAAUUAAAAGAAUAUUCUCUGCAAGUUUGUUUCUUAAAUGCACAUCAACUUUUAAUAUAGCAUCCAGAAUCAUUGUUGAAAGACACAAAUGGUCGUUAUCUUCCUCAUAUAAAAUUUCAUAAACCUUUUCACGCACUUUUCCUGAAAUUGUUAUCAUAUCUGAGCCUCCAAUGGGAUAUUUAACUUCCGGAGCAAAAGUAAUUUCAGGUUUUGCCAAACUGAACUGCUCUGCUCGUUUUUGUUUGGUUACAAAACAACAGCGCACUGAAAUAAAUAUUUUAUAACUGUUUUUUUUUUUCUGACUGGUUUAAACCUUUAAUAUCUUCCAUAACCGUCUCAGGCAAAUUGUUGAUUCCUGUAUUUUCAGAACU